ACGAGUCUAAAGAUUUCGCCUCUUACGUUGUCUAAGAAACCCUAAAGUUAAAUUUAAAAUUCUAGUCACCGAAUCCACACACACUCUCUCUCUGUCUCCGACUGCGUGCGCGUUCGUGUGCGUGUACUGUGAGUCUGUAAUAAUGGCGAUUUGCUGCUAUGAAUCUGCUGCUUCGAAGCUCAUCUCCAUCUCCACAUCCCCUCCGACCAACCCCUCCAAACCCAACACUUGUUUCUUCUCUGUAUCCCAAACCUUGAGAUUGAGAUGCAACCUCUCACUCCCUUCCAAAACCCUCGUUACAGAACCCCAACCCCUCUUCACCUCCGUCAAGUCCUUCGCACCCGCAACGGUGGCUAACCUCGGCCCUGGCUUCGACUUCCUGGGAUGCGCCGUCGACGGAAUCGGCGACUUCGUCACCCUCCGACUCGACCCUCAGGUCCACCCUGGCGAGAUCUCCAUCUCCGACAUCAAUGGCAAUUCCUCCACCAAACUCAGCAAAAACCCUCUCUGGAACUGCGCUGGAAUCGCCGCCAUCGCCGUCAUGAAGAUGCUCAACAUCCGAUCGGUCGGCCUCUCCCUCUCCCUCCACAAAGGUUUGCCUUUGGGCAGCGGCCUCGGAUCCAGCGCCGCCAGUGCCGCCGCAGCCGCAGUUGCGGUGAACGAGAUGUUCGGCGGUCCGUUAUCGGUGUCUGAUCUAGUCCUCGCCGGACUCGAAUCGGAAUCGAAAGUUUCCGGCUACCAUGCCGAUAAUGUGGCGCCGGCGAUCAUGGGAGGGUUCGUGUUGAUUCGGAGUUACGAUCCACUGGAAUUGAUUCGAUUGAAUUUCCCGAACGAGAAAGACUUGUUCUUUGUGUUGGUGACUCCGGAAUUCGAAGCUCCAACAAAGAAGAUGAGAGCAGCAUUGCCAACAGAGAUUACGAUGUCGCAUCAUGUGUGGAAUUGCAGUCAGGCUGGGGCACUGGUGGCGUCGGUGUUGCAGGGAGAUUUGAAGGGAUUGGGGAGGGCAUUGUCGUCGGAUAAGAUUGUGGAGCCGAGGAGGGCACCAUUGAUUCCAGGGAUGGAAGCGGUGAAGAAGGCGGCCAUGGAGGCUGGGGCUUUUGGAUGCACCAUCAGUGGAGCAGGGCCUACAGCAGUGGCGGUGAUUGAUGAUGAGGAGAGGGGGAGGGAGAUUGGGGAUAGGAUGAUUGAAGCGUUUAUCAAGGAAGGGAACUUGAAGGCAUCAGCAAUGGUGAACAGGCUUGACAGGGUGGGUGCUAGACUUGUAACUAGCAUUCCUAGAUGAUUGAUCAUCAUGAAUAACAAACAACAAAGGAAAGGACCCCCAUUCAGUGCAUGGUGGGUGCUCUGUGUGUGUGUGUUUUGAACCAAAAAACAUUGGCAGUGAUUGCUGUACUGUAUCAAUGGUGGUUGGGUUGUCCAUCUCAUUGAUUUGUAAGGGGAGGGAAGGGGAAUAAAAAUAAAAAUGAGCCAGCCACCCAGCCAGCCAUAUGUGAUCGAUCAUGCCCUUGUGUUGUUUCUUGUGAUUUACAUCCCCAAAUGGUUGCAUUUGCAUUUAUAUCACAAAUGACUGUUUUACUGACUGAAUUUGAUUUACAACUCUUCUAAGCUCA